GUGCCGCGCAACGCUAACACGACGACGCUCUCGUCAAGCAUCGCGCGCAAGCUGCACCGCCGCGACACCGCGCACACGUUCGUUGGCCGACCGCCGCCGAAGCCGUAGCCACUGACGUCGCCGCCGCUAAACGCCGUCGCCGCCGUCGCGCCAACAGUCUUCCCGGAACAAGCGUCGUCCGUCGUCCGAAGCACGACACUGUCGCCCGACGUGAACACCGCCCGCCGCCGAAUACCUGUUAUGCCGGUGGCCAGUGCCGUCGGCCGCCCGCACACGCGUCCCGCCGCAGCAGCGUGGCCAGAAACGUGACUGUAUGGUGGGCUCGCCCGGUGGGUAAUCCCGCCUGUUACGGCAUGCCAAUACGCCGGGGACAUGUCACCCAGCGCACCACUGUCAUAGAGACUAUCAUCAGGAAGUUCGACACGCACAGCAUGGUUUCCAUGAAACGAUCAGGCCAACACGGUGUAUGUUAUCAUUAUUAAAAACUACAAUGCCUUUGGAUUUCCGUAAAGAUUAUAAGCGCAAAAACCGAAGUUUUUUGGUAGCCAAUGCACAGCAAGCCGGCUGUAACAUAAUCUACUGCUCGGACGGUUUUUGCCACAUGACCGGUUACAGCCGAGCCGAGGUGAUGCAGUGCCCGGCGAUAUGUGACUUCCUACAGGGGCCGAUGACGUCGCAGCACGCCGUGUCCGUGGUCAAGGAAGCGUUGGCCGCGGGCAUGGAGAGACAUUUCGAGAUACUCUACUACCGGAAAGACGGUUCGAAAUUCUUGUGCAGCGAGGUCAUCGCCCCUGUGAAGAGCGAAGUGGAUGACAUAUGUUUGUACAUCAUCAACUUUGAAGACCUUACGUCUCCCCCAUCGCCAGUCGAACAACCGGAUCCGGCAUCUAGACUGAGUAAAUUUGACAGGGCCAGACAGUCGUUUCGACAAUCGUUGCGGAUGAGCUCGUUUCGUGGUCGCAAUGCGAGGCAGUCGGGUCGUCUAACGCCACUUCCUCACGACGACGAAUACGACGAGGAAAGCAGCAGCACACACCUAAAGACCCCAUCCACCCCAAAAGCACCGGACUCGUUGAGUUUGAAGACAGCAGCGGCCGAGAGCGUCAUCACAUCGACGACGACGGCCCGCGUCGAAGACGAGACUACCAGCCCUCGGCCUCUAUUUGUCCGACCCGAACCCCAAAUCAGUCAACCCCACAGGACACCCGAACCUAACCCUUCGCCGCCGCGGACGCCCAAUAAAUCUCCAGACCGAAAUCCGUCGUUCGGCAGCCCACCCGCACGAUCCAACACCGAUUCUGUAUUGGCGUCGCGCGUUGAAAAGGACCAAUUCCAAAGACAGAAACGACCACACACUAUCGAUAUCAUUACCGAAGCCUACAGGAGCCAUUUUACUGGCAAAAGUUUUCCGAAUACGUCAUCUGAAACCGACUUGCAGAAGUACAACACGUCAACGCUAUGGGACCAUUCUACGUCGCUGGGAAACCUGGCAACGGAUAGCUUGAAAUACAAAUAUUCCAUCCAAGACAAUGGGUCAGCAAAAUUCUUUCAAGGCGCUCUACACACGCCGAACAUGGGAGAAAAAGUGGCUCAGGUGUUAUCGCUGGGCGCGGAUAUACUACCCGAGUACAAGCUCCAGUCUCCCAAGAUCCACAAGUGGACGAUACUGCACUACAGUCCGUUCAAGGCGGUAUGGGAUUGGAUAAUCCUGUUGCUGGUCAUCUACACCGCCAUAUUUACGCCGUAUUUCGCCGCGUUCCUGCUAAACGAACCGCACUUCAAAGGUCCCCGGCCGCUGAGGUUCAGUUUCGAAGACCCGCUGGUGGUGGUCGAUUUUUUUGUGGAUAUAACGUUCAUAAUAGACAUCGCCAUUAACUUCCGUACCACUUACGUGAAUAAGAACGACGAGGUGGUAUCGGCGCCUAGCAAGAUUGCGUUGAAUUAUUUCCGUGGAUGGUUCCUGAUCGAUUUAGUUGCCGCAAUACCUUUCGACCUUUUGAUCGCUGGAUCGUCGGCUGAGACGGACGAGUUGACUCAGGAAACACAGAAGCCCGAAGAGACCACGACACUCAUCGGCCUCCUGAAGACCGCCAGACUGCUGAGGCUGGUCCGGGUGGCGCGGAAGAUCGACAGGUAUUCGGAAUACGGUGCGGCUGUGUUGCUUCUGCUGAUGGCUACGUUCGCGCUGAUAGCCCACUGGCUGGCGUGCAUAUGGUACGCGAUCGGGAACGCGGAGCGGCGACACGUGGACAGCAAAGUAGGGUGGCUGGACAUAUUAGCCAACGACACGCACCAGUAUUACUCGACCAACAACACGGGUGGACCGAGCAUAAGGUCGAGGUACAUUACAGCGCUGUAUUUCACAUUCAGCUCGUUGACUUCUGUGGGGUUCGGAAAUGUAGCGCCCAACACCGACGCGGAGAAAGCGUUCACCAUAUGCGUGAUGCUCGUCGGAUCUCUUAUGUAUGCCAGUAUAUUCGGUAAUGUAUCCGCAAUUAUUCAAAGGUUAUACUCCGGAACAGCCAGGUAUCAUACCCAAAUGCUCAGGGUUCGAGAAUUUAUUAGAUUUCAUCAAAUACCAAAUCCAUUAAGGCAAAGGCUCGAAGAAUAUUUUCAACAUGCUUGGACAUACACUAAUGGUAUUGACAUGAAUAGUGUACUUAAGGGUUUCCCUGAAUGUUUGCAAGCCGAUAUUUGUCUCCAUCUUAAUAGGAAUUUGUUGAAAAAUUGUUCAGCUUUCAAUGGUGCUUCACCCGGAUGUUUGAGAGCUCUAUCUUUGAAAUUCCGAACGACACAUGCACCGCCCGGUGAUACUUUAGUGCAUCAAGGAGACGUUCUCACCUCUUUGUAUUUCAUAUCACGUGGUUCCAUUGAAAUAUUGAAAGACAAUGUAGUAAUGGCCAUAUUAAGUAAAAACGAUAUUUUCGGAGAAAAUCCAUGCAAGCAUGCUACGAUUGGAAAAUCGUGUUGCAACGUACGAGCAUUGACUUACUGCGAUCUUCACAAAAUAGAUAGAAACGAUUUGCUCGAAGUUUUAGAUUUGUAUCCAGAAUUUUAUCAUUCAUUUAAAGAAAAUCUGGAGAUAACAUACUACAUGCGAGAUGAAACACAAGUAGGCGUGGAUCCUAGAGCCGGCAGGUUUAGUAGAAAAAUUAGGUCAAGAUCUAGUUCACAAGAACCUAUUGGAGGUACAGCCAACAUUGGUGCGACAAAAAAAUAUUACCACAGCUUUCAUAGAGGGGUAUCUGAAAGUUGUAUUGGUCCAUCAGAGCCACUAAGAGAUGAUACAAAUGAGAACGACAACGUCAUGUCCGAGUUUAACAACAAUGAGAAGUAUGCAGAAGGACAUGGAAUUCUAGAAUUUUCCACUGAUAAAGCUGGCCAAGAUGUAACGCCGAUGAAUUUAAAAUUUGAUGACGAAGCAAUACAGAAUCGAGUAUCAACCUUAAAUUCAAUUUCCGGCAUGUUCAGCCAACUCAAACGUAGUGUGACCGACAUUCGCUUGCAUGGCCUAUCGCAAAAACCACAUGGCAGGGACGAGGAAAAUGGGAAACCUGGAAACUCUGGUGGUUUAAAGACAUCGACAUCUCAUAAACACUUAUUCGCAUCUCAGUGUAACGAGAACCAACCACUUCUUGAACACCAGUUACCUAUUUCAGAGUCUUCUGCGCUGCAUCAACAACACAAAGAAAAUAGUAGCGAGCACACCAGUGUACAAAACAUGUCGGCAGCUGGUUUCAGUACGACUGCAUCGUCACAUUAUGGGACCCCAACAGCCCAGAGCCCCUUACAUUCCGCUUGUAAAGCACAAACCCCACCAUUUCCCACCACAUCUAUGUCUGUGAUCGCUGAUAAUACGACUGUGAUAACGCCUCCAUCACCGCAACGUGUCAUAACAUGUUCGCAGUGUGGGCACUCCGAUGUGCAUUAUCGUAUAGACAGACUAUCCAAGCAGCUCGAUAGCUUGGAACUGUCCGUCUCUAGUGAUAUCAAAACGAUAUUGCAUAUACUUAAAUAUAAGAACGGCGAAUUUUUGACAACAGAAUCUCGGCCAGAUGGAUGUAGAUUACGGCCGUCGCCUAUAAAGAAGACAUCAAGUAUACCAACAAGCGAUCACUUGCCUAGACCCACGUUGGCAGUAAAAUUUAGAAGCUCAUCACAAGAUGAAAUGAAAAGCGAUAGCCGGUGUCGACAGCAAGCGUCUCCAGUACGGCAAUCGUCUGAUCCUCAAGCCACCAUUCCAAGGCGGAGUUAUUCCCAGCCUCACGAUCUCUGUCAGACCCAACAGAGCCGUUUUGUAAGGGAUACGCCAUCGGCUAACCUAUUCGAUGUAUCCAACGUGACGACUGCAGCAGACGCCACACCACCGGUUGCCAGUCUGAAACGACAACAGUUCGCCAGUUUGCGGUGUACGACUAGUUGUUCCAGCGACGAAGGCAACAUAAUAGAGUUCACUCCGCUGGCGCCACUGGCGCCACUGGCCAGGCUAGACUCGUUGCACGAAAUGGAUACAUCCGAGACGCAGAGCCGCACGAGCAGUACGACGGCCAGUCCAACGCACCAACAACAACAACAACAAGGGACCGGUUUCUAGCGUCGUCACCCAUUGACGAGGGCGCGAUCAUAUAUUCACGAGCUUGUUUUUGACUCUUCGUUUCUUUUUGUUUUCUUUAAUUUUUUUUUUUACAUAAUUCACGAAAAGCUUUGCUCUCGAGUAAAAUAUACGUACAUCCACUAUAAUAUAUAAUAUGUUGAAAUUUGUAUUCGUAAUCACAUGUUUUUAAAGAAAAAUAACAAAACAAAAUAUUUAGCGUUAUUUUUGUUAAAAAUUAUCUACGGUUUUUAUAUACGCUGUAAAAAAAAAAAAGACGAAUAAUUUUUGAUAGGGGUUUUAGAAGAUCGAAUUUCAUUUUAGAUAGACAAGCGUCGACGGGGAAUUAUGUAUUAUUAUAAUAUUAUAUACUUGGUUUUUAUUAUGUAAACUAUGAAAUAUUGAAUUUUUAUAUAUUUAAUUUUAGGCAUAAUUUGCUUAUUUUUUAUCAAUAGCAAUUUUUAAAACACUGUUUGCCUUUUAGAAAGCCAUUUGUACAUUUUUUGUUUUGUUAUAGUAAAUAUUUAAUGUUCGUUCAUUAA